AUGGUAUGUGAGAGCAGACUGGAGCGGAAGGGCUUAUACACUGAGCUCCAGAAGUAUCGCUGGUCGAAAUCGGAUGCGGAGAUGGAAUCACCCCUACUCCCGCUUCUCCGAACAGAGCUAGAACUCCGGGAGGUAGUUCAAAGAGAGCUGUCUUUGCAAAACUGGAAGCCUUCACAUGAAGAGACCAAAAAGGAAGACAAAGGAAAUCAAACACGAGAGGAAGCCGUCCAGAUUCAGCUCCAGGUUCUGAACAAGAGAUAUUGGCUCCUUGAACGCGAAUGGUGGAAGCAUCGAUAUGAUUGCUCCGGUCCAGUACGCAGAGCAUUCGAGUUUUGGCGAUCACACUCUCAAUGGUACCUGCAUCGUAAUAUUAUCGAGUGCUGUGCUGCAAGGGGAGGGUGCUGUGGUUUCAGCUGCGGAUGUUGUGUCAAUCGCAAGAUCCCCGAGGGACGCAAGCUUGGGGUUGGGCACUGUACUGAUGAAUGUGAAUGUUGCAAAGCUCGCGUAUCAUCUAUUACAGACCUUACCGAAGCUCAGAAGGAGGUUGUUUAUUCGGAUUUUGAUCUCAAUCUGUCUACUUCCUACUAUGAUGCGCUCUGUCGAGCUUCGAUUUGGGGACUGCCUCCCGUUGGGAUGUGUGGCGACGAGAGAAGCCCGUCUGAGUUGACCCGGCAACCAAUAUACCACCUGAUAUUCAGUCUGAAGGGCGGAAGGAUGCUCAUCGGCUACAAGGCAGUUCUCACGGACAAGUCUCGGUGUGAAAUCAUUGUUAUAUGUUUCAUUCUCAUCUUUUUGAUGUUGGGGGUGUGCUUAAUCGCCAUGAUAUGA